AGAGAGGAUAUAUAAGAAAGGGUCCAAAGGGGGUCUAAUAAUUUAUUUAAUUCCAAUUUGAUAUACCAUGCCCUCUUUUUUCUAGGUUUUCACUUUCCCCAAAUUGAAAAUCACAAACUGGGGGCAUUUCAUAUCAUAAUCCAACACUCUAAUCAAUCUUCACCUACAUGGGGUUUUAAUUCAUACAUAUAAAUACACGUAUACACACAAAUUUCAUCAAAUUAUGGCAGAGAGUUCCUGGGUUGAUGAUUCAAACGCUGCCCAAGUUCAUAGAAACUGUAGAAAUGUCUUUCAUAUUUUGGCGCAAAGAGAGACGACUCCCAGGACAAAAUGUUUGGCAAGAAAGCACUGGGGAGAAGCUUUUAAAUCAGAUGUUGAAUCCUAUUUGGAGCCCAAAGUUGAAAGAUUAAAAGAUGCUAGGCGGGAACUUUUUUCCUGGGUAGAGGCGGAGUCUUUACAACACUUAUCAGCCAAAUAUUGCUCUUUAGUGCCUGCUCCAAGGUCAACUAUUGCAGCAGCAUUUAGCCCAGAUGGAAAAACAAUUGCUUCUACUCACGGUGACCACACUGUGAAGUUAAUUGACUGCAAAACUGGGAAUUGUUUACAGGUGUUAAAUGGUCAUCGAAGAACACCUUGGGUGGUCAGGUUUCAUCCCUUGCAUCCGGAGGUUCUCGCUAGCGGGAGCUUGGAUCAUGAAGUUCGCUUAUGGAAUGCUAAUACGUCAGAAUGCAUUGGAUCUCGUGAUUUCUAUCGUCCUAUCGCUUCCAUUGCUUUCCAUGCUGAAGGGGAACUCCUUGCUGUCGCUUCAGGUCACAAGCUUUAUUUAUGGAACUACAAUAGAAGUGGUGAGCAUUCGUCACCCACUAUUGUAUUAAAAACAAGGCGUUCUCUUCGAGCUGUGCAUUUCCAUCCACAUGGUGCUCCAUUGCUCUUGACUGCAGAGGUAAAUGAUCUUGACUCUUCAGAUUCUGCUGUUGCACGUCCCACGUCUCUUGGAUCAUUGUAUUAUCCACCUCCGUCUAUAUUUUUGGCUAACGUGCAUCGCAGCGAUAGUAUUAGUUUGGCUGCCGAGCUUCCUUUGAUGUCCUCACCUUCAUCAUAUGUUCCUAUAAUUGCAAGGGAUGAUUCUGAGACAGAUUUACAGCUUGGAAAUCCACCUGUUGAUUCAAGUAGCAUACAGGCUGAAUUUUCUGCCCCUGUGCAAUUUGAGAUAGACCUAAAUGCAAUUGGACACUUUGAUCAUAGAGCGCUUCCUGCAGAGACGUCAACUGCUUUACAUUCUAAUGUACAAUCCACGGCAGCGGACACCUUACCAAGUUAUAAUCCUAGUAGAGUGCCCAAUCUUGUUCAUGAUGGUAGUAACAAUAUAGCAGAUGUGCAACUUGGAGAGGCUAACCUUUCUAAUGUGGAUCCAUAUGGUGCUAACAGUAGUGCGCAGCCAUAUACUCCUCAGCAUGCUGUUGAAUCUGGAUUUAGUGUUACUCGGCCGAUCAGGGUUCCUGCAGAUUUAAGAACGCAGUUGUUACCUUCUACAAACCCAACAUCUUGGGAGCUGCCUUUCCUGCAAGGAUGGAUUAUGGGUCAACGUCAAGCUGUUAUGCAUCCAGAGCUACCUCAUGUUGGUAGGAGACAAGAAGGUUCAUCUGCUUAUCCACGGUCACAUGUAGAGGAGGACCACCACUCUCGUUCAAGUCUCAAUAAUGGGAUUGGAGCAACUUCCUUUUCCCUAAUUAGUAGAAUACAGUCUGAGCUUGCUGCAUCAAUAUCUGCCACUGCAGCUACGGAGUUGCCUUGUACAGUGAAGUUAAGAAUCUGGCUUCAUAGUUUAAAAAAUCCAUGUUCCGUGCUCGAUAAUGAAAGGUGUCUCCUCACUAUACCACAUGCAGUGCUUUGCAGUGAGAUGGGGGCCCAUUUUUCACCUUGUGGGAGAUUUCUUGCUGCUUGUGUUGCAUGCGUGCUUCCUGAAUCUGAAGCAGAUCCUGGAUUACUUACCCAAUUCUAUCACAACGGAACAGGGGCUGCAACUUCUCCAACCCGACAUCCAAUAUCAGCUCGGCAGAUAAUGUAUGAGCUUCGCAUAUAUUCGCUCGAGUACGCGACAUUUGGUUCUGUACUUGUUUCGAGGGCAAUAAGAGCUGCUCAUUGUCUAACUUCAAUUCAGUUCUCACCUACUUCAGAGCACAUAUUGCUUGCUUAUGGUCGUCGGCAUAGUUCUCUUUUAAAAAGCAUUGUUGUCAAUGGGGAGACAUCCUUACCGAUAUACACAGUGCUAGAGGUUUAUAGAGUUUCCGACUUGGAAGUUGUCAGCAUGCUUCCAAGUGCAGAAGAUGAGGUUAAUGUUGCAUGCUUUCACCCUUUCGCAGGAGGUGGCCUUGCAUAUGGAACCAAGGAAGGUAGGCUUAGAGUGUUGGAGUGUGAUAGGGUUCAUGAUCAUCAGAAUCUGGCUAGGCCAGAUAUUAUAUCACCUGAAGACAUGGUUGAGGUAGAACAACUCUUCUAGGUUUUACGGAUGCUCUGUACAUUUGUAAAACUGCAUCCUUUUGUAACCAUGUACUUUCUGUAUCUUUUGUGUGCAUGAGGUCUUUUGUGUGCAUGGGAUUGGGCUAAUGAUAAAUCGUAACUGUGCCA